UUGUCGUCGCUGCGUUUACUUUUGACCGCGUCAGCGAGUUUGAUACCGCUUCACAAUUUUGUUUACUCGCACUUAUUAGGACUUCUUUGGUAAAAUCCUGAUAUAUAUAGACGGUCUUGUAACAAAUUGGCACAGUCCUCUCAGGUGCUAGGAAGGGACAUUUGAAAAUUUAAACAUGAAGAGCAUUAUAGUUCUGUGCUUGCUGGUCGCGGCCGUCUCCUGCAAACCAGAGACUUACGACACCAGAUAUGACAACUUCGACGUUGAAUCCUUGGUCGGCAAUGUUCGGCUGCUGACCGCAUACGGCCACUGCUUUCUUGGCAACGGACCCUGUACUCCCGAGGGCAGUGACUUCAAAAAAACCAUCCCCGAUGCUCUGAGGACCGGCUGUGGUAAAUGCUCGCCGAAACAGCGUCACUUGAUCCGUGUGGUUGUAGCAGGCUUCCAGAGCAAGACCCCAGACCUUUGGCAGCAGCUGGUCAAGAAGGAGGACCCCAACGGACAGUACAAAGAAAUCUUCACCAGAUUCCUGAACGCCAGAGACACAAGCAAAAUGAAGUUCGUAUUAGUAGCCUUCGUUGCAGCCAUUGCGGUGGUAAUGGCUGAAGAAUCGUAUGGAACACAGUAUGAUAAUGUAAAUGGAGAAGCCAUCGUUUCUGACGAUAAACAGUUCCAAAGCAUCGUCGACUGUUUUAUGGGCGCUGAUUCUUGUAACGAACUCGCUGCUGCAUUCAAAAAAGUUCUACCUGAAGCGAUUGUACAGGCUUGUGCUAAAUGUACUUCAGCACAGAAGCACCUAGCGAGGGUCUUCAUAGAAGCAUACUCAAAGAAAAUGCCACAAGAUUAUGAAAAGUUCAAAGAUUUAUUUGAUCCUGAAAGAAAAUACUUUGCCAAAUUCGAAGCGUCUGUUACCGGAUUUUAAUUGGACAUAAUAAUUAUAAACAAUUUAAUUUUAAUGCUUACAAUUAAAGGAUUUUGCGUUUGAUACAA